ACGACGCGGAAGCGAUCAGCGGCCGGCCUCCGCGCUGAGGCGGGGGUGUGACAUUGGGGUCCCAACUGAGUGCCGUGGAAGCCACGCUAUUACUCCCCGUGACCCCAAACUUUUGAACGGUAGUGUAUAUAUCAUAUAAAAAUAACAUAGAAAUGACUCUUUGAGUGCUAGAAUGUUAAAUAUGUUCUCAGACAUCCAUCUUAAUCUGGGUACUGCUUAAUCUGGGUACCGUCUAUUCAAUAUUUGCACUGUUAUAGCAUUUUUGCACCGAUACAUCAAUAUCUAUGCACAAACUGUCAUUUGCACUAUCAAAUAUAGCAGCAAUCUGCCUCCUAAUCUGAGUACUGUAAAUUGUCAUAUACGCACUAUGUUACCACUACAUUACCACUUGCUGCUUGUUACCACUACAUAACCACUUGCUGCUAGUCACUUAUUCACUUCAUUCCCAAAAUGUACACUGUAAUCUGUGUUUUUCUAUUAGCCUUUCUGUACUUUUGCUUUUGUUUUAUACUAGUAUAGUGCACGUUAUGACGAACCUUUAAAUGCAGUUGUACUCCGCACAAUGACAAUAAAGGCUUUCUAUUCUAUAGGUUGCUGACCACUGAUUUAAACACAGGGUCUGAUUGUGACUGUUGUGUAUCAUGUUUCAGCAUCGUGGACGGCGCUAAACGUCCAAUGCAUUUUGACUGGAAGGGGUGAAUGGAAAAAACGUCACAGUCCUCCCAGUCAAAAUGGACUGAAUGUCUUGCACCGUCAAUGGCAGCCACUGACUUGCUCUAUAAGGGUUUGAAAAAACAAAUACAGAAUAACAGAUUUGUGGUAGUUACCAUUCAGAGCUCCUGUGGUAGUAGUAGCCCUCGAUCGUUGCUGUGGAUUUCUGAAAGCAAAUGUAGUAAAAUCCAGCAAAGGAAGCACCGCUAAUGUCUUUGAUUGUGUGGUCUGGGACCAGGAACUGCUCCUAAUGAUAAGCAUUAAUAACCUGGCAUUAACAACAGUUCACCAUUACACUCAUGCAAUAAAACAAAGCAUUACCUUCCACCUCAUGAAAAUGUAGUCUGAGUUUUUAAGAUCGUCAUAGUCAAAAUCAUCCGAGUUGAACGUCUUUGCAUACUGGUAGAAAGCCUGGAACUUGCCCUGGAGACAGACAGACAAACAAUGGUCGGAUGUGAUUCAUGUAGAACAUAAAACAUCUUAAGCAUUUAUAUAUAUUUACCCAAUGUUUACGAUCCACAUCCUCAUCUGCAUCCCACUUCCGGGUGAGGAAUGGCCGUUUUCUGCUGAUGAUCUCUCCAGCGAAAAACGUGGUUAGAGUUGGGUAUUCCUGCCCAACAAACCGUUUAAAUUAACCUACAUAUAGGUCAUCCUCUUCAGAUUAUAAAGUUAAAAAUUGGUAGGAGGUGACAGCACCAGACAGUAGUUAGCCAUAACCAUACCUGCAUAAGCCCGGUUGUGUGUUACUUUUUCUAAGGGGCCGUUUACAUGGUGACGCUACGACACCAAGAAGCAAUGAUUGCGUUUUGUGGAAUGACCUCGCCUUUCCACGGUGAUGGCAAAAACAGAAGGCGGAAUGAUUUGAUUGCUGGGCUUGCUUUGCAACCAUAUGAAUGGAACUCUCUCGCUCCGAUGACAUCAGCACGCGCACCUGUCACUUUGUGCAUGCACAGUCGUUGCUACUAAAUAUGCAAAACGGCAAACACGGCGGAACGUUGAAUUCAAUUUACUGUUAAUAUUUAUAAUAUUUUUGACAAAACUAUAUUUUAUGUUAGUGUUUUUGUGCCUUUGGAAGCUAAAGAAAAAAACAUGCAGGGACACCAUUGCUUUGAGUGGGGGGGAUGUAGUUUUCCGGGCUGAGAAGGUUGUUGUCAAGGAAAUGCAUCAUUGGCUGUCACGUUGAAAAACUGCACUGCCCUCUAUGGCCUGGCAUGAAUACUACAUCGUUUUCAUGGGAAAUUCCGACAUCGUUCGAAUGGAGACAGAACCAUGUAAAUGCAAACAGGAAAUAUGUCGUAUUCUUGGAGCGUCACCAUGUAGACGGCCCAUUAGUUGCAUAACUGUGCAGUUAAAUUGACAAUUAUAGCACACUAUGUCGACUGUUGCGAAGGAUUAUAGAAGAGAACAUGUCAAUAGUGAUAACCUAAUAGCUGGAACUGACUGAAAUACUGGAACUUAUGGAAUUGCAAAAUUAAUUAAAUCUAGAAUGUGGGACUUGUGACUGGAGUUAUUUGAAACAGUGAAAAAAGUCUGGAAGGAUGAAAAACAUUUCUUUAGAGGGGACAUUUAUUGUAAAAUGUGCAGAAAUUAGAAAAUGGCUCUAAGAAUUUGGAAAAUAGUCCCCAAGAUUUUGUGAACUGUUUGAAUUUCAAAUGGGAAAGAUGAGAAUUUGUAUCAUUAUCAUUUUAGUUUUCUUGACUUUAACCUAAAUUCGGUAGACUUCUGAGGAUGACAUUUAUGUCAGGACUCAUAGUAACCAUGAGAAGGGAAAUUGCUAAUAACACUGAAUACAGACAGAUGCAAGUCAUAGAGAAAAUAGCCCAACUCACCUCUGUUAGUCCUUUUAUUUUCAGGUAACCACAGAGGUAAGAGUCCUCCAUGGUAACAUGCUUGAAGGAAAUAGAAAACAAACGAGCAUUUAGCAAUUCCAAACUAAAUUAAUAUAUGACGCCAUUGCGAAUAUAGCACAUAACACAUGCGGUUGAGUGCGUAAAGAACUAAUCUGAAUUGUUUUUUCACACAAUGAGAUGAAACCUAGGUGUUCUGUGUGAAAUGUGUCGUAACUGUCGUAAUAUAAUAAUUGUUGUAAAGGUUGUUAGUGUGACAUCUGUCAGUGCUAACCGAUUGCUAACCCUGCGAGCUAGGCCUAUGCUCAUUGAUUCUCCAACUGUCAAUCAUCACACCCCCGUUUGACAGCUCACCAAUGCUCCUCGCAGUUUACAUUAGACGUGAAAAAUGUCAUUUCAAACGCUCACCUGUAACACUACUUCAACGUCGUACGAGUUCCCUUUGCUUUUUUGGUGCCCCCUGAACUUGGAGCCACUAUACAACAGCGAGGUGACAACACCGGGCUGUCGGGUGUUGAUCGGGGGCGGAGGGAUAAGCGAGGCCGAGGAUGCGAAGGCCGCACACUGGGAGUCGCUAAUGUAUCCAGCAGGGACAGGCAUUGCUCCCUCUUCACUGGCUGGGCACCGACACUGGCCAAAAGCCGUCUGCGUGAUGUCGGGGUCCACAAAGUGGCGUUGAGGGGCUGAAGCGGUCCUCCAGCCUCCUCAAAAAAUCCCCUUGAAACCAGAACGCUGUAGCUUGUCAGGGACUGAGCUCCCAGGAACGUGAAUGGACUUGGACGCAACGACGUAGGGCGAGUAUACGAACCUCUCAUUGGCUACUCUUUUUCAACAUGAUUAGAUGAUUUAUUCUCAUUGGUUCAGUUAGCGGAAAGACUCACGGUUUUAGAAUGUAGUUGUUUAGUGUUGCAUUAGCGUACACACAGUCUGGCAGAAAACUACAGGUCCCAUACUAUCCCCCACAUCAGCCUGACAGACGCAGAAGGUCACACGAGUGUUUUUGAACGAUAGGGCUGCAAUCAAGAUGAAAAAUCCUGUCAGUAGAUAGAAAUAUUUAACGGGUAACCUUACAGAUGUGUAUGCGAUACAAAUACUCUGAAAUAGACACGUAAAAAUGUGGCAUUUGGUUGUCUAGGUGAAACAACCCGGCGUGUCUGUGAUUCUUAGCUAACCUAGCUCUGCGUAAACAGCAACUUCAUAUCAAUUGCUGCAAUGUUUAAAUGCCUUGUAAGACUCCCCAAUUUUUUGGGUAAUGCCUUGUCGCCGUGCAAAAUAUACCCAAAUCAUCAGCACUUCAAAUAUUCAUUUAAAUACUCAUCGUCAGCCGCAACAGAGAGAAAACGAUUUUAUCAGGACGUCUCGAUAUCCCAAGGUGAAGGAGGUUUAUUUGAAAUAAACCUGGACCGAAGGAAGCUGAAAACUCCUGGAGGGAAACUGUUCACAGUGCCAAAUGAAGCCCUUGCCAUUGCCGUGGCAACUGAGUGGGAUGCUCAAAGGGAUACGCUCAAGUUUUACACGAUGCAUCUGACUACACUUUGCAACACAGCUCUUGACAAUCCUACACAGCGCAACAAGGACCAAAUGAUCAGUGCUGCUUUAAAGUUUCUGGAGACAGACACUGUUUGUUACAGAGUGGAUGAGCCUUAUGGUUUGGUUGAUCUUCAGAAGAAUGAGUGGGACCCUGUACUGCAAUGGAUUGAGAACAGAUAUAACGUCACUAUCGGCUCUUCGUCCAGUAUUAUGGGCCCGGACAUCCCACAGGCAACUAUAGACACAUUCUGCCAACAUCUCAAAUCGUACAAUUUCUGGUCUUUGACAGGACUUGAGUAUGUAAUUACCCAGCUGAAAUCUGUGGUGUUAUCAUUGGGGAUGAUUGACAGAUAUCUAAGUGUAGAGAAGGCUGUGUUACUCUCCAGGCUGGAGGAAGAAUACCAGAUUCAGUGCUGGGGGAACGUGGAGUGGGCCCACGACUAUGACAUGUAUGAACUGAGGGCUCGCACUGCCGCCGGUGCUCUGUUUGUACACCUUUCGUCUGAGAGUUCCACUGUCAAACGCAAACUUUUGCAGGAUUGAGAGGAAGAAGCUUGCAUGCAAGAAGAGUAGAAUGCAAAUGUCCGGCCAAACUGACAACACUCGACAGUGUCUGACUUGGACAAAGAAGUUAUCUAAACACUUCUGUUUGUCACUGACAUACAGUAUGCUCAGUCUGUCAUCUAUUGUGGUCAUCCCUUCCCUGUAAAACACAUCAUCAGUGGGAGUUUUUUGUGUGCCAAUAUGACAGACGCUAAGCGUGACACUCACUGAGUCUCCAGUUCUUCGUUAACUGAUUUGUUUGGACACUUUGCAUUGAGUGAAUGGAGGUAUAAUGUCUAUUUUUAUUUUUUAAGUAAUAAAUCAUAAAUCAAUAAUCAAUAAAUCGUGUGUUUUGGAACCCAA